AUGAUGCUCAUUGUUGCCGCCAAAAGGGCUUGCUUGCGUUGUGUGAAAGCGAUCAACGUGGACGACGAGGCACUGGAGUGUACGGGAUGUAAACGAGUAGUAUAUUGUAGCUCCGAUUGUAAGGAGCAGGACACGUUGCACGAUGGUCUGUGCCGCGAGUUGCAGAAGUUGAAUGUCAAGGAGAAGAAGGCGACACCGGCGAGUGGACGGCGAAGCUACGACCAGUAUAUCAGCGAUGUGAGCGCGCUGGCGAAUCCAGCGGCUACUUCUCUGAAGGCAUACUUCGGCUUCGACUACGAGGGCCACACCCCAUUCACUGAAUUCGUAACGAAUGGUAUCAAGUGCGAGGGGUGUUACUUGACACCCUUCCAGAAGCCCGUCAACACGCAGUUCACGCCUUGCCCACGCUGUGAGGUGGCCUGGUGGUGCUCUCCCGCCUGCAAGGACAACUUCGCUCAAGUACAUACUAGCGCUCAAUGUGGAGCACUAUACGACACCUUCUGUGCUGAGCGCAUGGAGCUGGACUACAUGCGCAUCCGCGGCAGCACCAGGAGCCUGAACAUCGUCACAGACAAGGGCUACCACAAGAAAUACGUACCCAUCUCCUCGAUCUCUAGCUGGAACGAGUACUUCAGGACUUUUGAUCCGAGAAUCGCCGAGACGACGAUCAAACUGGCUAAAGAGCUCGGCGCGCAAAACAAGAACGCGCGCAACGCCGUGGUAUUGCUCACAAAGCAGGCGAACGUUAUACCCCUGACUAUCGCGACGGCGCUCGAGCACGCGUAUCCGGACAUGCCGAAACGAAAGUCAAUCUGCGUUCACCUCGUCGGAGCGGACAUGUUCGAGCGCUUGAAUAUGGCAAUGUUCGAAAAUGUGCUGCAUUACUUCCCUCGCUUGCGCACGCUGAAGGUGUGCUUCGUUGGGCCUGGGCCGGCGGUCGACAACCAGUACGACUCCAAGAACAAGGCGUGCGAAGCUUGCAAGGCAGAAGGAAGAGCGCGCGAGAUGGUGUUCUAUCGCUCCAACUACCAUGAUUGCCCGUGGUCGAAGGCCGGAAAUUCUUACGCGCCUGAUCUCGUCGUUGGGUUCAACACCGGGAUGUCCGAGAUGGCGGUAUCAGCGUGGAAGCAGACGCUCGACUUGAUACUUGACUUGGGCGUUCCGGCCGUAUUCACAGCGUAUUCGAAGGGCGAGGUCGCGAAUGAAGAGAAGAUGCUGCGUGGGCGCGGUGUCCGCUUCAUCAAGGAUGUCGAGAAGAAUAAGUGGCGCGGUGUCAUAGGAAGGGCCAAUCUUGUCUAUGAAAGUGCUCAUCUCGAGGGAGGACAGCAUACUACCGUGUACAACUCCAACUACACGUAUAUGGUUCGCGGGCGCGAAGCUUGA